UAUGUUUCACAUCGGACCUUUCAAGCGACGGGCUGCCUUGUGUGCCUAGCCGAGAGGUUGUCCUCUACGAGAUUAGGAAUCGCAGUUUUACAAAUUACUACAUGUUAGCAGUGGUUUGUCUUUCCUGAGUUGAAGAUAAAGUUGAAGGUGAAAGGAUGACAUCCAGAGGGACGCCCAGCCGCUUCCUGAAGAGCGUUCUUCAGAACGGCGUGGGCCGAUACGUGUGUCAACUGAAACGGGUCUCCAUCAUGUUCUCCAAGAAGUCUCCUAGCGCACUGGGAGUCAGGGAUUUCAUUGAGGAGGGAGUGGUGGAUUAUGCCAAGAAGAACCCUGGGACUGUUGUUUAUGUUUCUCCUCAGCUCUGUAAUAUCCCUAAAGUAGUUGCAGAGUACUUAAAUGGUAACACGAAGGAGGAGCUGCUCACCAACAAAACAUCGCAGCAGGUCUUAGAGGUUCUCACCAAGCUGACCGACCAAUCUGGCCAGGACAUCAUCCGCAUCCGCAAGCCGUAUCACACCGACAGUCCCAGCAUCCAGGGCCAGUGGCACCCUUUCACGCACCGCCCCCCAUCUGUCGGCCUCAUCAGACCACAGAACCAACGUGUAGAAUAAAGACUUCCUAGUGGUUAUUGUUGGGACAGUUUCCAGAAACUAAUGAGGCUCGUCUUCAGGUCAUAUCCUGAGGUUCCUACAGAGAAAACCCACUUCUGACAAGUGUGCUGUUAUUAUGUCUUCAGAUACAUUUGAAGCUAGCACGUUUAAUGUUGAUCGUUUUUUGUGUUUUUUAUAUGUAUAUGAUGCAUUGUAUUAAAAUAAAAAAAAGUUAAAAUAAAUUAUCUAGCGCUA